GGCUCAGUCAACAAACUAGGCAGAGAAUCUCUUUUGAAGUUCUUCAAACUAAACAGCGAUCUAGAAAGCCCUGGACAAUAUAAUACUUCAAGAAAUCAGACAACAAAUACCUCAGCAAAGGCAGAGUCAAUUUUUAGCUCGUCAUGGAUAUGUAGACAUAAUUCCACGGGGAUUACACGAUAUAAAAAAUGCCUCAAGAGGCAAAAAAACAAUGCAGUGAAAAAAUCAUUCCGUCCACAUGACUACGACGACGACGAAGAUUACGAUGAUCCCGGAAGUGAUUACGAGGAAACUCCAGAAGACGAGGAGUUUCCGCAGGAUGACUUGCCAGGUUCGUAUAGGUCUUAUAACGACUUGCCACCGAGGCCUCGGGAUUCAGAAGGUUUAUACGGGGGUCCAUCGGAGAGACUUCGGGAUUACGAGGCUGAGGAAGAAGAUAGUGAGGCAAGGCGAAGAUAUGAAUUUGAGGAUGAGCCACCAAACCGGCCUGGGUACGAAGAUGAGUUAGACCACGAGGACGACGAGGACGACGAGGACGACGAGAGAGAUGGCUGGGACUGGGAACCACCAAGACGACAUCAUGGUAUUGAAAGAUAAAUAACUUCGUUCUUUGAUGCGAUAUUUUGCCUGUCUUUUAAUAAUCUUCUCUUCAGAAAGGAUUUCAUUAUUACAUAGCUAAGUAAUAUUUAACAUACAACCAAUUUAUCUGACAAGUUAGGACAGUGUAAACCCCCAUCACCGCAUCGCCAUGCAGUCAGUACUGGGUUUAGGCAAGAGAUAGCUCAUUCUCUCUUGGUUUAGGUGUCACUAAUGGAGAAUGAAAGAAUAUCGUACAAAGAGAAAGCGUGCAGACAAAAUAUAGACUGCCUCAGCGCUACUGAACUGCAAGAAAAACAAUUCCAGGUCAUUAUUUUCGAUUAACAACUGAUUGGACUAGCUGGUGAAACAACGUGCUACCGUCGGUUGCAUCGAAGCGUGGACACAAGACAAAUACCCUGUUCUAAUAGGGUGUCACACAUGACAUGUUUUGCCUCCAAAGUUUGACAGCCGGUCAAGCAGACCGUCGCGCCAAAGGAAAGUUGUUUAUAUGUUUUUGAUCAGUGCUUCCACUCAUAUUUCAUUUUUCUCAACCGCAAGACAUAUUUCUCGCUUAGAAACAGCUUACUUGCCUACAGAAAUUAUACUUACCGUCUAAAAAUUCCUUUAAAGAAUAUUUUGUUGAGCGAAAACAAAUCAAGUCGAAAACAGCCACUAACUCCAAACUUCGAAUAUUUGGCGACAAAACAUGUUCUAAUUGGGUGCCCCCAGGUUGGGGGUUGAGCGUGGGGCUAACAACCCCACCUCGGAAAAGAAAAACCGAUAAUCGAUAAUAAUCGAUAGUAAUCGAUAUCAAUCAUCAAUGAAUAUCGAUUUCCGAUAUAGAUCGAUAGAAAUCGAUAAAGAAAAAAGUUGUGUCUUCCAUUAAUUUCCAGGAUUUACCACUAGAAAUCGAUGAUGAUUUUUAUCGAUUGUUAUCGAUUACUAUCAAUUCCUAUCGAUAUCGAUCUCCGAUAUCAGUCGGUAUUAUUCGGUGGAUUAAAUGGAUUAGUAUCGAUGAUAUCGAUUGAUUUCCGAUAUCGAUUUUUAUCUGUUAACUCCGUCUAGUGUUACCGAAAUUUAAACACUAGCACAAAAGAAUAAUAAGCUAAACAAAAAGUUAUUUAACAAAUCUAAUUUGUUGAAAUAUUACAGGUGGAAAGAGAUGGAAGUCUCAUCAAGAUCCAGAUGAUGACGAUGAAUAUGAACCCAGCUACCACUCUCGGUACCAGCAUCACCCGAGACAUGCGCACUAUCACCGCCAGUACUUUACACACCCUUCUAAUGUUCGUGCCAGUUACAGAACAUUCGACCAAUCAGUGCCUUCAUGGCGAUCUCCAUACACCCAGAUUUACCAAGCCUUCUAUCCUACCUCUGCACCCUACACUCCGCAUCCCGCGAGAUUGGCAACAUUUCCCUCGGGUCAAGCAAGCUGGCAGCCUCCUUAUCUUCGGAUGAACACAAGACAUUUGCUCAAUGCUGUUGGGCCGAGUGUUAUCAAUCCUUACCUUCAAAAUACUUUCACUUAUCCACAUCGAGAGACUAACUCAUUUUUUAUUCCUCCUCGUCGUGUCUCAUCGACUCCCUAUUUGGAGGCCACAGCUAGAAAUCUCGUGAGUUUCACGAGAACUAUUCCCGAUAUCGCCGCGACUCUCCCGCGUCUAUCUGACAGUGUCUAUCAUUACCCGCGAGUUAUCCCUGGGGUAGCAUCCCGUAGCCGGCAUUUUGGCGGUCACUUAUCAGGACCGUUUCUAAGACACAGCGAGUUCCCUGAUGCUGUUCUCAACAGAAUUAGAGAAUUAAAUCUUCACUGA